AUGGACGCACAACUACAAGCUCCACCUGAAUCAGUCCUCCUAGCCAAGGGCUACACAACCGAGCAAGAGUGUGUGAUAUGGGUCAGAGUCCACGACCAACAUCUUCAAAAAAUCGACGUCAUAAACGACCAUGGCGAGCGGCUCUUCUCGGUUGAAGGCCCAGGUAGCUACAGCUCGAUGACUCUGAGGAGACCAUUGAAGGACGCCUCGGGGCAGCCGGUCUUUGACCUGCGGCGCAAGCUAGGGUGGCAUGCAGAAGACCUCAGUGGGAACCAUAUCGCCGAGGUUGCUCACAAGAAAUUCUUCACGUCGAAACACACAGCCGUUGACGCCAGAAUCUUGAGUUCUGGGGCUGUGGUCGAGAUGCGACCGCGUGAUGCAAUGGGGUUGACCAAUUAUGUGAACAUUGGCAACUUUACGAUUGCCGAGAUCUCGUUCCACUCCAAUAAUAUCAAGGAGCGUUUUGCGCGGGAUCGAGAUAUUUCAGUCUUUCGCGUUCGGGUUGCCGAGGGCGCAGACCUCAGCUUGGUCGUUCUAAUGGCACUUGUUCGAGCAGAGAUGGCGCAUGUUUGGAGAUAG